AUGUCGACUCUUCUACCUCCUCUAGGACUGCAAGUACCUCUGCCAAGACUGCAAAUGCAACAUCAAGAGCUUGCUCAACUGCUCCCACCAUUGACGGCUUUUUUUCCAACGGUCUUCACACCCCAACAGACUCCAGUUCAACAGGAACCACCUCCUAUACAGCAGAACCAACCACCAGUUUUGGAGUUUUAUGGAAAGAGCCAAUUCAACGAUGACUUGAAUUUCAAAAAGUCACAGAAUCCAGUUCAACAGACCCAACCGCCUCUUUUGCAAUUUUAUGGAAACAGUCAGUUCAGCGAUGAUUCGAAAUUCAAAAAACCACUGGCCCCAAUUCAUCAGGGCCAACCACCCGUUCGGCAACUUUAUGGAAACAAUCAGUUCAAUGAUAACUCAAAAUUCAAAAAACCACGGACCCCAGAACAACAGAACCAACCACCUGUUUUUCCAUUUUUUGAAAACUGUCAGUUCAGCGAUGACUCGACAAUCAAAAAACCACAGACUCCAGUCCAACAGUAUAAUUCACCUGUUUUGGAAUUUUUUGGAACCAAUGAGUUCAAUGAUGACUCAAAAUUCAAAAAACCGCGGACCACAGAACAACAGAUCCAACCACCCGUUCUGCAAUUUUUUGAAAACAGUCACUCAAAUGAUGACUCGACAUUCAAAAAACCACAGAAUCCAAGCCAACAGAGCCACCCACCCGUUUUGCCAUUUUAUGGAAAUAGUCACUUUAACGAUGACGCCAAAUUCAAAAGACCAAGGACUCCGCCGCCAAAACAAAGGUGCCAGCUCAAACCACAUAAUCCACAAAAGCAACGCUUUCUGCCUAUUCAACAACCUCCUAAAAGAAAACCGAAGAGAACUUACGAUGAGCCACCUCAGUCUACUCCGAUGUUACCGCCAUUUUUCGAGCAUUAUUUUCCGAUGAGGCUUGCAAAGAGUUAUUUAGAUCAUUAUGCGAAAUACUCAACGCAACCUGCUCCUGAUGAUUCGCCAGAUAUAAUAAUCCUUGAAGGACCAACGACUAAAAAACCAAGAAUAAACGUGGUGCCGGACGUCCCGUUGGAAACUACCGAAAUCAAGCAAGAACCAAUUGACACUGGCUGUGCCAUCCAUGUUUACGAUCAAAAUCCACCACAGCUUACCCCGAUUUCUCCGAAUCCAUCAGAAAUCCAAAAACCUCCAACACCUAAACCUGUAGAAUAUUCUGAAACGAACCCUGAAUGGGCAGCAAAACUAGUUGCAGCCAUAGACAGAAUGGCUGCAGCAAAUCGGACGCCACCACCUGAAGAAGAUCCCUCGAUCCCUCCAAACACCGCUCGAUAUAUGACAACGCUGAUUCCAAAUUAUAUCGAAUGGAAGUAUCAGUUGUGUAUCAUGUUAAUUUCGAACAAAAGCCAGAAGAAACUUUUUGCAAAAGAAUUGUUAAGCAAUUUGAGAUUGAGGACAAGCCAACUGCUUAAGCUCAGACGGCAAACUGGAUAUGAAAAUUUCACAGAAAUGGUAUCUGAUUUGAUAUAUGUGAAUGAAAGCCAACCGAACUUCAACGUCCGACUACCAACACCGGAAGAAAUAAACAAGGCUAUUGAGGAUGCAUUCAACAAACUCGAAUAUGAAGACCUGGACAGUUUUAAGAAAAUGAUGUUCAUUUUUUCAAUGCAAUACGACUGGAAAAAUCCGGAGGAGAACACUGGUCAUAUUGAGAAAGUUAGUGAACUGACUCAGUUGACACCAGCCAGAGUCAUCGAAAUCAUGAAUGCUGCUCGUGUUGAAAUCAGAGCAAUCAUUGCGCAGCAGCAAUACUAUUGGUCUAUUGAUGACGAACUUCCACAUUUUGAUUAA